GUGAAAGACUUGUUUGUAUGUUUAUCUGAGGACCAGCAGAGCAGGUGUCUGUUCUGGUAAAGCACUACUGCGUCACUGCUUUUAGCUUCUAAAACGUGUCUAGUAACUCCAGUAAAGGUGUCUGUCUACACAACUGACACAGCAGCAACAUACAAAAGGAAGCAAGAGUGAGACAAGUUGGUUAUGGAACGUUUUGGACGACUGAAGUUCUUCGCUAUUGUGACUGGAAAGGCGAUAAACGCUGACAAGGACUUCAUCAGAAAACUCCACAAACACCAACCAAACCUGCAGAAGGUGUCUACAGUGGAGGGGUGUGAUGUCAUUCUGGUUUUCUGCCCUGUUGCUUCUCGAGCUGGAACUGACAUUGAAGCAGCACUGAAAAAUCUCAAUGACAAAUCGGCCACUAAGCCUGCUGUUCUAGUGGUGCUCCACCAUACGUUUGACCCAGACAGCACUGUACCUGACAGCAGCAGAGCCGUGACCAGAAGAAACACAUUCACAGUGGACUGUCUGUUCUAUGAGGACAGUGGACUGCUGCAGUGCAGGAAGAACGAUACGGCAUUAGAGAAAAUCACACAGUAUUUAAAACUUCAGAAACCAGCAUCAGCCUUAACACACAGAGAUUAUGGCACUGUGAGUUCACAACCCUCAUCGCAGUCUUUAAGGCAGCCACUGCUACAGUCCAGCAGGAGCAAUGCAGGAGAAGAUACAGAGUCAUGCUGUAGCGACUGUUGCUGCAGUGUCCCUUGUGGGCAUUGGUUUAGAGAUCUAUGCUGUAGAACAUAAAAGGAGCAGUUAGUACAAGAGUUUACAGAUGCAAUUUCCAGAAAACUUUAUUUCUGGUUAGAUCAGAGUUGGAGCUAAACUCUGCAGUGUGGUAGAUCUCUGGGAUCACGAUUGGGCACCCCUUUCCUGAAAGAUCAUUCCUUGCCAAUCACCUAGGGCUUGGAAAAGUUACAUCAUGUUUCCACAAAAACUUCAGCUAAAUUCGUGCAACCAUGCAAAAUUUCAAAACCGCUCCAAAUAAUGUUGAGGUUAUGAUUUUUAAGCACAAGGUGGAAAACAAGAGGUUGUAUUAUCAAUGCUAUGCCAUAAAACUAACACUCCGACUUAGUAACUCCUAAUAAUGGAUAAUAUCUUAUUUUGAGAUAUUGUGUGGUUAUUUUUACUUAAUACAGUGUCCUCCACAAAUAUUGGCACCCCUGGUAAACAUGGUUUUCUUACCAGAAACAUCUUGAAUGUCUGUCAUUGCAAACAAAAGCUUCUCCACCAAUAAUGAACUACAUUUAGUGUUCAGUAUUUCUUCUGCUUUGAUUCUACUUCAUUGCACAUGUUGUAAUGUUAUGAUUUCUUUAGCUGUUUUAACUUUACUGAGUUUAUAACAAUGUCUGGUCUAAAUAAGGUUAAGUAAGGUUAGGACAUGCUAAAUUGGCCCUAGUGAUGUAAUGUUUAUUUAUUUGGUUCAAUAUAAGAAAAAUAAGUGUUCCAAUUUCAUAUCUUUGGUUUUUUAGCCUACAUUAACGACAGGUAACAGCAAAAAGUUCAAUAUGUCAUGGAAAAUGAUUAAAAUCAGAGUAAAGCUA